AUGAGUGAGGCCAGCUCAAGUCGCAAGGGUGCGGGCAAGGAUGCAGUUAGGUCCUACUUCGCAGAAAAAUACAAUAAAGUGUUGGAUUCUAUAUUGGAAGCAGAGGCAGCAAUAUCGAGAUCACCAAACGUGGCAGAGGAUUUGUCGGAAAGCUCAGUAAGUGGAAAUUCUGAUAUGAGCCGCCCUUCUGUGACCGCUUCUUCAUCAACAACUCAAGGCAUAAGCAAAAAAGAAUUACUCCAACAAAUCGCUGGUUCAUUGCUCAGUACGUCGAUUGAGCGGCUGAAAACUGCCCACUCGCCCGAUGGAUCAGAUACGCUGGAAAUUUCGGAAAAUGACGCGUAUGAGAAGCAAGAGUGUAGUGAAUGUGAUGGUCCCUUCAAGUGUUCUGCCCACUUUGAGCAGUUGGCUGAAUCUUAUGACGACGAGAUUGACCCAGAACCUGCUCUAGAACCUACAACUUCUAACACUGAAAAAGACCCAUUUAUCGAUGUUUUUUUGGACAAGCUAAUUUCGAGGCUGGUGCCUGAAAAAUUGCCAGAAAGAGAACAUUUUGGUAGCAAGUCUACCAUUGAGCAUGAUUUAGACACAGGAAGAGUUCCCGUGUUCUCAGCAACAACGUUAGGCAGCAAUUUUAAAAAGUUGUCUAAAAAAAUGGGCGCGAUUUUUGAACUCCAGGACUCCAUAAUUCGACUGUUAACUUGGAGGAACCCUACUGGAACGGUGACUUCAUUGAUAAUAUUCACUUUAAUAUGUUUCAACCCAAUGUACCUGGUAAUUUUGCCCAUUUUCCGUUUCAUCUAUGGUAUCGUAGUUCCCGGUUAUAUACGCAAACACCCCUUAGAAAGGAGCAUAUAUCCGCUCAAACGGAACCAUGGGUCAUCCUUGUUGUACGAUGUAUGUUAUGAGGGCAAAAAUGAAUACAGUUAUGGUCAACAGUUUUUUUCCAAAUCUUUCAUGGACACUUUAGAAUCGAGAAAUCAAGAAAUAGACGAAAUAUCCGAACUGGACAAAAGACCUGAAAAUACGCGAGAAUUGAAGCAGGGCAUGAAAGUGUUGAUUAAUCUACGCGAUAUGCAGGAUAUGACUUCAUGUACACUUCAUGUCAUCGACGCGAUAAACAAUUUUCUUCAAAAGGCUUCUAGUUUUCAAAAUGAAGAGCAUUCUACUAAACGUUUCUUUGCUGGCUUUCUUUCUAUUGUUAUCCUGAAAGUUGUGUCACCGUUUGUGAAUUGGAGUUAUCUGUUUAGCAUAUCCACCUGGUGCUUAUUGAUAUAUAUGCAUCCAAGAGCUCAUCCAAAGAUAAUAGCAUUCUUCAAAAAAGAGGGAGUGGAGAAAGAUAACAAAAACUUGGAAAGGAAAAAAAUUGAAACACAUACCAUGAUAUUUGACGAAAAGCCGGAAGUUAAAUAUAUUGAAAUUUUUGAAAUAUACAGAAAGGGCUUACUGCCAAACGACUGGAGAUUCUUCCGAUUUUCGAAUAGGAUUUUCGAUCCUCAGGAUCCGUAUAGAAGAGCACAACAGUUUCCACCAGGAGUAGAUUCGUUGGAUGAUAUUGUUCCGCCUGCAGGUUGGGUCUUUGAUCCGAAUUUCGAGUGGAAAGUGGACGAUGAUGUGGAUGGAUGGGUCAUGGAACGAGGUUUGAAUUUACCAAUCACUGGUGAAUUCUUAUUCGAUCCAAUGUUCAAAAGAAGAAGGCUAAUACACCGUGUUAUCAAAACCGCAACGCCACUGUCAUGA